GCUCUGGGCGGCGGAGGCGGCGGCGGAGCUGCGGGAGUGGGACCGGGCGGCGGAGACGCUCUCGGAGCCUCGAGGGCUCGCGGCCCGGGCAGCUCCGUGUGUGACCCUACGGGGAGCCGGGCCCCCAGGCCGGCCGGACACUAUGAACUACCUGAACGUGCUGGCCAAAGCCCUCUACGACAAUGUGGCUGAGUCCCCAGAUGAACUCUCCUUCCGAAAGGGCGACAUCAUGACAGUGCUGGAGCGGGACACACAGGGCCUGGACGGCUGGUGGCUCUGCUCGCUGCACGGGCGCCAAGGCAUUGUGCCCGGGAAUCGCCUCAAGAUCCUGGUGGGCAUGUAUGACAAGAAGCCAGCAGGGCCUGGUCCUGGCCCACCUGCCGCCGCAGCCCAACCCCAGCCUGGCCACCCACAGGGCCUCCACGCUGCAGUGCCCCCGGCCUCCCAGUACACGCCCAUGCUUCCUGCUGCCUACCAGCCUGACAGCGUCUACCUGGUGCCCACCCCCAGCAAGGCUCAGCAAGGCCUCUACCAAGCCCCUGGGCCCAGCCCUCAGUUCCAGUCACCCCCAGCCAAGCAGACGUCCACGUUUUCAAAGCAGACGCCCCAUCACCCAUUUCCCAGCCCAGCCACAGACCUUUACCAGGUGCCACCAGGGCCUGGAAGUCCUGCCCAGGACAUAUACCAAGUGCCACCUUCUGCUGGGAUGGGGCAUGACAUCUACCAGGUUCCCCUGUCUAUGGACACACGGAACUGGGAGGGGACGAAGCCCCCAGCAAAGGUGGUGGUGCCCACCCGAGUAGGGCAAGGCUACGUCUUCGAGGCUUCCCAGCCAGAGCAAGACGAGUAUGACAUCCCUCGACACCUGCUGGCCCCAGGGCCUCAGGACAUCUACGAUGUGCCCCCUGUUCGGGGGCUACUUCCCAGCCAGUACAGCCAGGAGGUAUAUGACACCCCCCCCAUGGCUGUUAAGGGUCCCAAUGGCCGAGACCCAUUGCUGGACGUGUAUGACGUGCCCCCCAGUGUAGAGAAGGGCCUGCCGCCAUCCAACCAUCAUGCGGUGUACGAUGUUCCUCCAUCAGUGAGCAAGGAUGUGCCUGACGGCCCAUUGCUACGUGAGGAGACUUACGAUGUGCCCCCCGCCUUCUCCAAGACCAAGCCCUUUGACCCAGCCCGACACCCACUUGUUCUUGCUGCACCCCCUGCGGACUCCCCACCAACUGAGGAUGUGUAUGAUGUCCCACCCCCAGCUCCUGACCUCUACGAUGUGCCCCCUGGCUUGCGGCGGCCUGGCCCCGGAACCCUUUACGAUGUACCCCGUGAACGAGUGCUUCCUCCUGAGGUAGCUGAUGGCAGCGUAGCUGACGACGGCGUGUACGCGGUGCCACCCCCGACUGAGCGCGAGGCUCCAGCAGAUGGCAAGCGCCUGUCAGCCUCGAGUACUGGCAGCACGCGCAGCAGCCAGUCUGUGUCCUCCCUCGAGGCGCCAGGGCCAGGCCGGGAGCCCUUGGAGCUGGAGGUGGCUGUGGAGGCCCUGGCACGGCUGCAGCAGGGUGUGAGUGCCACUGUAGCCCACCUCCUGGACCUGGCAGGCAGUGCUAGUGGGGCUGGGGGCUGGCGCAGCACUCCUGAGCCACAGGAGCCACCAGUGCAGGACCUGCGAGCUGCUGUGGCUGCCGUCCAGGGUGCUGUCCAUGAGCUGCUGGAGUUUGCCCGCAAUGCUGUGGGCAAUGCCACCCAUACAUCUGACCGUGCCCUGCACGCCAAGCUUAGCAGGCAGUUGCAGAAGAUGGAGGAUGUAUACCAGACACUGGUGACACAUGGUCAGGCCCUGGACAGUGGCCGAGGCUCAGGAGCCACCCCUGAAGAUCUUGACCGUCUGGUGGCCUGUUCACGGGCUGUGCCUGAGGACGCCAAGCAGCUGGCAUCUUUCUUGCAUGGCAAUGCCUCUCUGCUCUUCAGACGGACCAAGGCCCCUGCCCCGGGGCCUGAGGGGGGUGGCCCCCUGCACCCCAACCCUGCUGACAAGGCCAACAGCAUCCAGUCACGUCCCCUGCCCUCACCACCUAAGUUCACCUCCCAGGACUCGCCAGAUGGGCAAUAUGAGAACAGUGAGGGGGGCUGGAUGGAGGAUUAUGACUACGUCCACCUGCAGGGAAAGGAAGAGUUUGAGAAGACCCAGAAAGAGCUGCUGGAAAAGGGCAACAUUGUACGGCAGGCGAAGAGCCAGCUGGAGCUGCAGCAGCUGAAGCAGUUCGAGCGCCUGGAGCAGGAGGUGUCACGGCCAAUAGACCAUGACCUGGCCAGGUGGACACCAGCGCAGCCCCUAGCCCCGGGGCGGACGGGCAGCCUGGGGCCCUCAGACCGGCAGCUGCUGCUCUUCUACCUGGAACAGUGCGAGGCCAACCUCACUACACUGACCAAUGCUGUGGACGCCUUCUUCACGGCCGUGGCCACAAACCAGCCGCCUAAGAUCUUCGUGGCACAUAGCAAGUUUGUCAUCCUCAGCGCCCACAAGCUGGUAUUCAUCGGGGACACGCUGUCUCGGCAGGCCAAGGCAGCUGACGUGCGCAGCCAGGUGACCCACUAUAGCAACCUGCUGUGCGAGCUCCUGCGUGGCAUCGUGGCCACCACCAAGGCUGCCGCCCUGCAGUACCCAUCCCCCUCGGCUGCCCAGGACAUGGUGGACAGGGUCAAGGAGCUGGGCCACAGUACCCAGCAGUUCCGUAGGGUCCUGGGCCAACUGGCAGCUGCCUGAGAGCGGGUGACCAGGAGGAUGUGUAGGGGCAGUGAUGGUCCGAGCUGCCCCACGCUCCCAUCUGAAGAGUCGAUGUGCUGCAGGCUUGGGGACAGGCAUCCCCAGCUCUGCCUUGGGCCUGGUGCCCCAGACUGUCUAGGGAUUUGUACGUAUUUAUGACAGGGCAGGCUAGGGGGCAGCCUCCACAGAGGAGCCAGUGCCGAAGGCCAGAUAGCAGUAGUCCCUGAGUACACCACAGGCCCAGGGAGGGUCCCACACCAGGGGCAUGAGACCUUCAUCCUGCAGGGCCUGGUGUGACCCUUGGGCUAACCCCGGUCCCCACCAGGGCAAGUGCAGCUGUGACACGUUCCUUCUCUGCACCAGGAGAAAACCCUAAAGAACUAUUUUUCAUUAUUGUUUUUCCAAUCAUUUGACUAAUAGUCUACAUUUAAAUAAAAUUUAAAAACUACA